GUUACUACUUAGCUCAAUUACUCUGAUUCUCAAGUGUGCUGCUAUUUAAGGAUGCUGAAAUGAGCAGCACUAGUGACGGAGGAACUGAUAUGGCGGACCAGAGCCCUGAUAGAACAACAACAGACUCCUCAAUAUCUAGUUUUCACUCAGUUUCAUUGGCAAAUGGAAUUCCUGAGUUUGUUCCGAGAGAGAUACAACAACAGAGGCUUCAAGACCAAGCUGUCUCGAUGGUCGAUGCAACUGUAAUGCAAUCCAGUGUGUACGGAACAAUGGCUGCACCUGUUGAUGCUGAGGAUCCAAGCCUUUAUAUGAUUCAGGAUCCGAUGAUGAACAUGAACAUUUCAGGCCAACCGCAAGUGCCAAAUGGAAACGUAAGCUCUCAAAUAAUGCCAUCAUACUACAAUCAGCUGAAUUCAAUACCUGUUGAUGUUGGCUCGCGGCAUAGCUCAGCUGGUGUAGUAUCAGUCGUGUUUGAUCACCAUGAACAAUUAAUCUGGCAAGGCAAUUCUGUUGGCCAUGUCACCAGUUAUUUUGGACCUCAGCUUCGGAAGUUUUCGUCCUUUCAAGUACAUCAAAGUCACCCUAUUAGACAAAUCGAGACUGUCGAGAACGCAGUCAUAUCUCUGACCCAAAAUGCUAUGAGAGUAACCCAACGAGGAGGAAUGACGCUCUUUGAUUCGCCCUUUUAUGACUGCGAUCUACAAUGUAUGUUGCUCUUGGAUCAGUCGAACAUCUUGUUGGGUGGUCAUCAAACGUCAACACUUUUCAUGGAUCUCAAUGCGCCUCAGAAUGUGACCAGAAUACCCAACACGCAAAGCGAUAUUGUGCUCAUGAGGUACUCUGACUCUAAUUACUUUUUCGGCCACUCGAACGGUUCGAUCUCAGUCAUCGACCCGAACACACUCAACCCAACACACUGUCUGCAAAGUCACACUGGAAGCCUUUCUGAUUUCUCUGUAUCUGGAAAUUCUUUGAUCUCGUGUGGAUUCUCAGCAGUCUCCGACCAGAUGAUGGCCGACUCUUUUGUGAACGUGUUCGACAUUCGUAAUUUCAGAUUAAUCUUCUCACAUCAAUUUAACGUGGAUCCUUUCAUGGUCAGAUUUUUUCCGAUGUAUAACAAUCGAGCUAUGGUUUUGUCUCAGCUAGGACAGUUCCAGAUCGUGGAUCCGAGUGGACUGGCUAUUCCAGAAUCCCUGGUUCUACAUAAAAUCGCAUUGCCUUCGCCAGAUACAGUCAUUACAUCUUGUGACCUUUCGUCAACUUCUCAUGCAAUUGUGUUCGGAGACAGCUCUGGAUUACUGCAACUGUACGGAGACAGCGCCGAGCCGACGUUUAAUGAAUUCGAAAACCCGACUGAGUUUCCGAAUCCUCCUGCGACAAACAUGUACGUAUCUUACGACGAUUACUCGGUGCCAUUUUCCUCGUAUCCAUUGCCAAUUACGGCAGCGUCCAAGCCGUUGCUGUCAGAAUGGCCAGCACAACUCACAAAGCCACGUUACUAUGAUCCUCCAAAGAUACCGGAGGAAAUAUCAAAGAAAAUCGAAUAUGUUGACUUCAUCGGCUAUGCUCCCUAUCCUAUGGGCUGGGUUAGAAACCAGGUACCGUAUAGGCCUCCAGAAUACCUCGAGCACUUACCCGAGUCAGUGUCCAGUCGUGGUGGAUCGCCUUUGGAUGAAAACGGGUCGAAUGCUUAUCCGAGCGACUUGCCUGCUAUGUAUCACAAAGUUGUCUCGCCGCAUAUACCGGAUCCGUUUCAAGAAGACUCGGCGCCUACUCAUAAAUCCUCAGCAAUAACUAUCACAUCUGCGCGUUGCUUUCCCACAAUCGAGAACAACUCGAUCAACGGGUACGCAAGUAUGCUCAUGUACGCCAUAUCAUAUAUCGAGCCAUUAGCGGGCUAUAUCAGGUCGCAUUUAUGCAAGCGGGAACUGUGUCUAACUUGCGAGGUAUCCUGUAUGUUUGAUACUCUGAAAGCAGCGCCUCCUGAUUACUCGUUCACGCCUCACAACUUUUUGCGAGUCUUUUGUAUUCUGCCCGAGACCACGGCACUAGGUCUUGUCAUAAGCGAGUUUGACGACAAUUUGAACUCGGCCAACUCUUAUAAUAAAUUGCUGCAAAGUUUCAAUCGGUUCUUGCUGCAGCAAUUGUAUCAGGACUUUCAACGAGAUGAGGAAAUUGUCGGAGUGCCUGGAGGAAUUGAGAGUCCUUUGAAAGCUCAAAGGGAGAAAGAAUUUUCACCUGAUAUUCUAAUCAAAACUGAACCCCAAUCAGAUCCUGUGCCCAUUCCACAGCCUGAAAGCUCAAAACUCACUCUAAGUGGUGCUAUAAAUAAACUAAUGGGCCUAGUUACAGAACAGACAUCUGUGUGCAAAUGUAGUAACGAAAUCAGUCGCAAAUCGAUUAAUUUCACGACACCGCUCAUUUAUCCGGAUCUGUUCAGCUCUGGGUCCCAACCUAAAAUAUAUUCAUUCGAAGAGGUUGUCAAGUACAGCUUAACAAACGAGUCAACGACUCAGUCUUGGUGUAAUAAGUGCCACAAGUUUCAACCGACUUGUCAGAAAAAGAAAACGUUGGAGCUGCCGGAGUUACUCAGUCUGAAUUGCCAACUGGAUAAACCCAGAGAGACUUCAUUCUGGAAGGUCCAGCAGAAACUGGCUCGAGACCCGAUGUGUCAAUCACAGCUGCAAGCUCCAAAUACAACAGCCGGAAUGUGUCGCUUCGGUAAUACCUGUUCUCGGAAAGACUGCAAAUUCAGACAUGAAAAAGACUCAGACAUUCAAAGCAAUAUCGACAAGUUUCUGAAGAGCGGAGUGCAUGACUUUGCGUGGGCGCCUCGAUUUUUGAAGAUAUCAACUGAUACUUUUCCAUCUGGGCCUGAAAAUGAAGAUUCAGAGACAGUUGAAGCUGUUACUAAAGAGUAUGAACUUGUCGCAGCUGUGUUACAUGUCCCAGCGACAACUUCACGAGGACAUGUCGUCUCUAGGGUGAAAAUUAACGGAAAAUAUUACCUGGUUAAUGACACGACCGUCAAUGAAAUUCAGGAAUGCGAUUUCAACAAGUUCAAUCUAAACUGGAUGGUGCCUUGUGUUAUGUUUUACAAAAGCAUAAGUUUGUCGUCAUCAUUAACUGACCUUGAACUACCGAAUCCUGUGAGGCGAGAGUUUCUGUCUCACGAGAGAAAACUGCUUGAAAUGAACAUGGGAUUGAGGAAAAUUUUCAAUCCAAUCGGCCUGAAGGAAGAGUUCUCAAGCUCGGAUUUUAUUGGACUAGACAUGAAUAUAGUCUCGAAUUGCAAGCAAGAAACCGAUAUAAACCAAGACGGAACAUGUAAGCUUAUUACGUCAUCGGAAAGUUCCAUUGUCGUGACUAGAGUUGUAUGUUUCCGAGGCAGUAAAUUUGACAGUUUGCCUUCAGUUCCGCUAAUCGAUGAUCACACUCAGAGCAAAGAGACGGUCGUUGAGUACAUUAACAAGCUACCAACGCUCGACAUCCAGGGCGGAAAGCAUUUGGCGACAUUCAAGCAAACAUUUCUGAAGUUGAAAUACCUCGUUAGUAGGAAAGUCACGUUCAUAGGUCAUAAUAUAGAGAAGAAGCUACGGAUGUUCAAUUUGUAUGUUCCGAAAGAGCAGAUUCAAGACACCGCAGUUCUUUAUCGAUUGUCGAGACAUAGAACGCUUUCACUGAAGUUUCUAGCUAACUAUUUUGGGAUCUCGUAUUCUAGAAGCGACGUGCUAAGAGAUUGUUUCGUAUCAAUGCAGCUCUACAAGUACUAUCUGAAGAUUACCAAUGAAGGCAAAACAAUGCAAGCGUUCCGAAUGUCUUUGCAGGAAAUCUACAAUGCUGAGGCGUCAGCGAACAACAGCAAUUCGAGGAACCAAAAUGAAAAGAGCAGUUCGCCUCAUUUGGGUCACGUGCCCGGCAGUAAGUGAAAAGAAUGAAUAUGUACAUGUCAGGUAUCAAAACGAGUCUGGUUUAAACUAAGUGUACAGAAAUUGGUUGAAUAUUAAUUUGUAAAUUCCAAUUUGUAGUCAGCUGGGGUUUGAUUACCCGCUAAUGUGAUCUGAAAUGAGUGGAUAUGUCACGUGUGUCAUACGUACCCUAUUGAUGUUGUUAUACGGUUGAAGUAUGACUAAACUAUUUAAGUAUUCGUCUUAAUGUCAGCUGGGGUUAAUUAGGCUGUUUGUAAACAAAGCUCAUCAAGUUCAAUUAUUACUGAUUUUCUCCCUCCGUAUAAAUAACUUAACGUAAUUAAUGGCAAUCGGAAUCCAGCGUGAAAUUUGUAAACAUUUUUGCU